UGGUGAGACAUCUGUAGUUACAGUAGUAGUACAAGAGUGUGUGUGACUUAUCUGUUUGUUUUUAACAUUGCAUAGACUCCAAGUACAUUUAUAAAAUUCCAGCAGCGUUAUCAGUAUUAAGCCAGUAAGCUACAGCACCAAAGUGAGUCUAAAUUGUCUAAAAUGGCUCAGGAAGGACCAAGGAAAGUCGCAUUUAUAACAGGCAUCAGCGGACAGGAUGGCUCCUAUCUGGCGGAAUUACUCCUUGAAAAAGGCUACUACGUUCAUGGUAUUAUCAGAAGGGCAAGUACUUUUAACACCGCACGGAUUAAUCACCUCUACGCUGAUAAAUACACGCACAAGGGAGGUAAAAUGAAGCUGCACUACGGGGACAUGACCGAUUCCAGUUGCCUGGUCAAAUUAAUCUCAACAAUCAAACCUACGGAAAUUUAUAAUCUCGCCGCGCAGAGUCACGUGAAGGUCUCGUUUGAUCUUAGCGAAUACACCGCGGAAGUGGUCGGCGUGGGCACUCUGCGAUUGAUGGACGCCAUCAGGACCUGUAAUCUCGAGAAAGAAGUGAAGUUUUACCAGGCGUCCACGUCGGAACUCUAUGGGAAAGUGCAGGAAGUACCGCAGACCGAGUGCACGCCGUUUUAUCCACGUUCGCCAUACGCAUGCGCCAAGUUGUAUGCAUUCUGGAUCGUGAUCAAUUACCGUGAGGCUUACGGGAUGUUCGCCUGCAACGGCAUCCUCUUCAAUCACGAGAGCCCGCGCCGUGGCGAGACGUUCGUGACGCGGAAGAUCACGCGAGGCGUGGCUAAGAUCCACCUCGGGCAGGCGGAGCUCAUCGAGCUGGGCAGCCUGGACUCACAGCGCGACUGGGGCCACGCUAAGGACUACGUGGAAGCAAUGUGGAUGAUGCUGCAGCAGGACGCGCCGGAGGACUAUGUGAUUGCGUCCGGUGAGAUGCACAGCGUGCGGGAGUUCGUCGAGAUGGCAUUCCGGCACGUCGGCAAGGAGAUCGAAUGGCGUGGCACGGGUCUAGAGGAGGUGGGCGUGGAGAAGGAUACCGGUGUGGUGCGCGUUCGCGUCGACGAACGAUACUUCCGUCCCACUGAAGUGGAGCAACUCCUCGGCGACGCGUCGAAGGCAAAGAAGAAGCUGAACUGGGCGCCGCGGGUAACGUUCCCGGAGCUCGUCAAGGAUAUGAUGGAGGCUGAUAUCGAAUUGAUGAGACGCAAUCCGCUCGCCUGAAACAAGCAACACCAUUCCAUGAUGAUAUAUAUUCUAUAUUCAUUUCUGUAUUUAAUAUAUUGAAAUAUGAUGAUGUA